UUUAAAGAAACUAUUCAAAGGAAGAAAGAAAAACUGAAAAUAAAACCACGAAACUUCCUUGAAGGAUAACCACGAAACCACACUUACUAUUUUAUAUUUUAAUUUUGAAUCAUUACAUCUAUAUGAAGUGUUUGUGUGUGUUUAUCCUUAAUUAAUUUUCAUCUAAAAUUGAUUCCAGCAGAAGCUAAGCCAUACUACUGUUGGGAUUUAUGACUUUAAAGUCUUCUUGCAUGAAGCUUGAUUCUGACUUUGCAUUGUGAUUAGUGGCUUAGUACAGGCCCUGGGAAUUCAUAACCGUCACGAGGAGAAAAUGAGCAGUGCUUUUUCCUCUGUAUCUUCUUCUGAUGUGGUCCCUAAGAAAAAAUAUGAGGUUUUUCUUAGCUUUCGAGGUGAGGAUACUCGCAGAAACUUCACUAGCCAUCUUUACGACGCUCUGAGCCGAAAGAAAGUUGAAACCUUUAUAGACAACAAUGAGCUUCAAAAAGGAGAUGAGAUCUCGGCAGCACUCAUCAAAGCCAUUGAGGAGUCACAUGCAUCUAUUGUCAUCUUCUCAGAAAACUAUGCUUCCUCAAAAUGGUGCUUGAAUGAGCUCAAAAAGAUUCUUGAAUGCAAGAAAUAUAUGGAACAGAUUGUGAUACCAGUUUUUUACAACAUAGAUCCAUCACAUGUGAGGAAGCAGACCGGGAGUUACAAGCAAGCCUUUGCAAAACAUAAGCGAAAUUUGAAGCACAAUAACGAUAAGUUGGAGAAAUGGAAAGCUGCUCUCACUGAUGCAGCUAAUUUAGUUGGUUGGGACUCUCGAAAUUAUAGAUAUGUCAAACCUUCUUCCCCUCUUUCAUAUGUUAGGAGUGACUCAGACUUCAUUAAAGCCAUUGUUGAAGAUGUUUUGCGGAAACUGAAUCCUAGAUACCCAAAUGAAAUUAAGGGGCUUGUUGGAAUUGAGAAAAAUUACGAACAAAUUGAAUCAAUGAUGGAAAUUGGGUCAAAUGAUGUUAGAAUCAUUGGAAUAUGGGGCAUGGGUGGCAUAGGAAAGACCACCAUUGCUAGGACUUUAUAUGGUAAACUUUAUUCCCAAUUUGAAGUUCGUUGCUUCCACAAUGUAAUGGAUGAAUCAAACAAGUAUGGAGUCAAUGGUCUACACAAUAAACUUUUGUCUUCAUUGUUAGAGGAAGAAAAAAUUCAUCCCGAUGCAUCCUACAUAGAAUCCUCUUUCUCCGUGAGAAGGAUUGCACGUAAAAAAGUUUUUAUUGUGUUGGAUGGUGUGGAUACCUUAGACCAAGUAGACGAUCUUAUCCUAAUAAUUAAUGGGUUGGGAGUGGGUAGUAGGGUCAUUAUUACAACUAGAGAUAAGCACAUACUAAGUCAGUUGAGUAAUUGUGAAAUAUAUGAGUUUAAUGAAUUGAACAAACAUGAUUCUCUUCAACUAUUCAGUUUGUUUGCCUUCGGAGAAAAACAGCCUAAAAUUGGAUAUGAAGAUCUAUCGGAAAGUGUAAUUGCCUAUUGCAGAGGCAACCCUUUGGCUUUAAAAGUUUUAGGUAAAAAUCUCCGUUCAAGAGGCAAAAAAGUAUGGGAAGAUGAAUUGAAAAAGCUCGAAAGGAUUCCAAAUGGGGAAAUUAACAAUAUGUUAAAAUUGAGUUAUGAUAACUUAGAUAUUUUUCAAAAGGACAUAUUUCUAGAUAUCGCAUGCUUGUUGAGAGGAGAGAAUAAAAUGUUUGUGAUACAUUUCUUGGAAGCUUGUGAGUUCUUUGCAGAAAGUGGGAUAGAAGUCCUUCUAGAUAAAGCUUUCAUACAAAUAAAAUCAAAUUGGCACUCGUUGGCCAAAUUGGAAACUGAUGGUUUAGAUAUGCAUGAUUUGUUACAAGAAAUGGGACGGGAGAUUGUUAAUCAAGAGUCUAAAGAUCCUGGAAAACGAAGUCGGUUAUGGAGAGCUGAAGAAAUAUCUGAUAUAUUAAAAGAAAACAAGGGAACUGAAGUUGUGGAAGGUAUAAGGUUCCAUAGUACAAAUGUUGGGGAUAUUUACUUGAAGUCUGAUUCCUUUAGAAGGAUGACAAAUUUAAGAUAUCUUCAUAUCUGUAAUGAUUCUGAUGGGAGCACAGGCAAUGUGUACUUUCCUGACGGUCUUGAGUGGAUUUCUGAUAAAUUGAGGUAUCUUCUAUGGGUAAGAUACUGUCUUGAGUCUUUGCCAUCAACCUUUUGUGCUGAAAUGCUUGUAUAUCUUUGCAUGAGUCAUAGCAAGCUUAAAAAGCUCUGGGAUGGAGUUCAGAAUCUUGUGAAUCUAAGAACACUUUGGCUUCGAUCCUCCAAAGAUCUGAUUGAGAUCCCAGACUUAUCUAGGGCUACAAAUCUUGUUGUUGUACUUCUCUCGGAAUGUGAAAGCUUGCGUCAACUCCAUCCAUCCAUCUUUUCUCUCCCUCAACUUCAAUAUCUAGACUUAAGAGGUUGCAUAAGUAUUGAAAGCCUUAAAACAAACAUUCAUUCAAAAUCUCUUCGUCAACUCUUACUCAAUGGUUGUUCAUCUCUCACAGAAUUUUCAGUGACAUCGGAGGAAAUGACAAAAUUAUCCUUACGUGACACUUCUAUACAUGAAUUGACUUCAUCGAUUUGGCAUAAUACCAAACUUACUGUUCUUGACCUAGCUGGAUGUAACAAGCUUACUAUUGUUGGGAAUAAGUUAACAGAUGAUCAUGGACUGGGGUCUGUUACAGAGCUAGACCUUUCUGGGUGCACAGAAAUCAAUGCAAUAAGUCUGUCGUCCAUCCUUGAUGGCAUACAAUCUUUAAAACGGCUAAAAUUGAAUGAGUGUUGCAACUUAGAAUGUCUCCCUAAGAACAUACAAAACCAUUCAAUGCUAGAAUGGCUUGAAUUAGACAAUUGCAGGAAACUUGUGUCUCUAACAGAGAUUCCGCCAUCCCUGUUUUAUUUAACAGCCGUUAAUUGCACAUAUCUGGACACAUACUUCACACAAUUUUCAUUGAUUAAGAACAAGGCACAAAAGUUCUGUGAAGACCCUUCUAUUGAACAUGAAGGUGUUAUCCGUCCUUUCUCUUUCAUGCCAGGAGCACAAAUUCCAUUAAAUUUUGAUUUUCAGACAAUCAAGGCUUCAAUAACUAUUCUUCCUAUUGCUAAAUCUGACUUGUGUGGUUUCAUAUUUUGCAUCCUUUUUUCUGAGGGCUUCACUGUUAACCACCAUGUCCUUCAUUGUAUUAUCUUUGAAUGCGGAAAAGAAGUCGACAGACGUCGCAUUAGAUUCAAUUAUCUCGGGACAUUAAUUUCAGAUCAUGUAUUGAUGCGUUGGCAUGGUUACAACAUACAAGAAAGUGGAAGUUAUGAUUGUAACUUAUCAUUUAAAUUCAUACUUCAAGGUCCCAAUGAAGAAUUGUGGUGGUCAACAGAGGGGAUAAAAGGGUGUGGGGUCAUACCUGUAUAUGCCUUAGAACGUGAGUUGGAAGGUGGUGGUAGCAGUAUCAUUAGUAAGGAAAUUGGUAAAUUAAAAUCCAUUGCUCAAGACUCUGAUGUGUCUAUAGCAAUUGGAGGUGAAGUCAGAAGCUCUAACAAUGAAAAUGAAGAUAACCAGGAACAACCUUCCUAUUCAUGCAAAGAGGAACAACCUUCUUGUUCAAUCGGUCUUUUUUUGAGGCACUUGCUAAGAGGGUCAAAAGAAUAAUACAAGUCGGAAAUAUUGUAAUCUCUUUCUCCUGUUUCUCAAAUACAAUAAGCACAACAUCAUCGCAUUCAUUCAGAAAGAUUCGGUGAUGCAGUAGACUGGGACCAAUUCCAAACAAAAAAAAGUGUAGGGACCAAUGCCAAAAUCUGAUAAAAGUGCAAGGACUAAAGGCAUAUUUAAACUUUAUAAUUUAUACCUUUGCAGAAGUAUUCCUAAUUUUAUUCAGCAGUUCUGUGCUGUGAUUGCUGGUAUUAAUCAAUCUGAUCCUGUUUUUAUUGUUGGUAUAAGUAGUCAGCUAUAACCAGGUUUGCAGCGUUUCAUAAUUUUGUGUAAAGAUCCCCAUUCAUUUUCCUUAGCAGUGUGAUGUGAUCCUAAAAUUCUCUAUUUAUUUUUUAUUUUUUUUAAAUUCAACUUGUCCCCUUCAUUAUUUUCGCCCCCUUUUUAUAGGAAAUAGGCUUGGAAGCUGAAAAACUUACAAUCAUAGCAUAAUUAGUGUUAUAAUUCCUAGGUGGCUAGUUAUUACAAAAGAGGUUACAAUUUAAUUGGAUCUUUAAAGUUGGUGGUUGAUCAAUGCAUGAGAAGGUUACAUAUUCAUUUGCACAUUGAUUUGUGAAGGCUUAUUAUGGCUAGACGUUACAAUUCCACAAACACCACCUUUAAUUCUUCAGCUAACAUACUUUAACCACGUCUUCUACCUACAGCUCAUUCUGCACCAUUAAAUAUUCCGAAUUUGCUCUUGAAUCAAACAGAUGAAAUGUAGAGAAUUUCGUAAGCUUUCCAACGAGUUAAAGAUCACCUCAAACGGAUAUCCAGAGCUCCAGAUAUAGCCAAAACAAGACAGACAUAUAAUGACCUACGAAAAUAAAACUUUGAACCCAAAAUUAAUUUGGUUCUUUUAUUCUACAAUGACUUUAUUAUUCUUGUCAAGAGAGAGAAUUUUAGGAUCACAUCACAGUGUCAAUGUUCUUGAUCAUUGAAGAUAGCAAUGCUGCUUUCUUCUAACAUCUUCUGCUUCGUCAUUAAAUGAAUUGUCGGUCUUCUUCCUCUUUUUCUCCCUAUUGCAGUAGCUACUUGAGUUUCAUGAUUUUGAGUCAUAAGAAAUAAAGAUAAGAAGAAUAAUAAUGGUUCUGUUAAUGGUCUUUCCUUUUUAAAUGAUACAGAUCAAAGAUCUUGGUUUUCCCACAAAAUAAUAUAGUGUUUGUAAUCUCUCUGCUACUCAUUAUUUCCAAUGCAUAUUCCAAAUAGUAUCUUUUCUCCAACAGAAAGUAAUUUUUUAAUUUAAUUACUUGGUUUGAUUAGCGAGUCGACGGUCUAAAUCAGUUUUUGUUAAGGGUUUAAGAUUAACGAGUCGACGGUCUAAAACAGCUUUGUACAUACACAACUAAUCAAUCAAAACAUUCUUUAAAAAAAAAACUAAUCAAUUAAAACAUUUAGAAAUUCCACAAAAAA